UGUACUGUAGGCUCAGUUGGUUGGGGCAGUGGAAGGAAAUGGCUGACUGCGAUUGUCAUUAUAUUACUUAACUUUUCCACGUGGCAUAAAUCCUUUUCCUCUUUAAAUAUAUUUUCUAUAAAUUAUUGCAAUUUUCUUAAACAACACAGCCAAGGCGAAGAGACCUUCAAGUAAGAGCUACCUCAGUGAUCCACAGAAAUAUGCUUGUGAUUGUAUACGUCUCAUUUGGUGUUCUUUCUGCACUUUGUGGCAUUUUCCACUUUUGGUGCAAAACAGGUCAAAGAGAUGAAAUGGUGAUAGCAAACCCUAACUUCGUCUCAUUCCAAAACAGUUACUUCAAAGUUUACUUCCUAGCUUUAAUGGCUGAAUGGCUACAGGGACCAUACCUUUACAAACUGUACAGUCACUAUGGCUUCAUUGACACGCAAAUUGCCAUAAUUUAUGUGUGCGGCUUUGCUUCAAGUGUUGUGUUUGGAACAUCAAGUGGAUACUUUGCAAGUGUGUUUGGUCGCAAGAAGGCGUGUGUGGUUUUCACAUUACUUUACUCUUUGUGUUGCCUAACAAAGCUGUCAAGAAACUAUGGUAUUCUAAUCCUUGGAAGAAUUCUGGGUGGGGUCUCCACUUCCUUGUUAUUCACAGCUUUUGAUGCAUGGUACUUGUAUGAACACACACAGACCCACAAUUUUCCUAGUGAGUGGGUUUCUGCAACAUUCGCCAAAGCAACACUCUACAACAGCAUCAUCUCUGUUGUAGCUGGGAUUUUAGCCAACACCAUAGCUGAAUGGAUGCCCUUUGGACCGGUGGCCCCUUUUGUCCUUGCCAUACCAUUUCUUAUUGCAACUGGGAUUUUGAUUCAAUUUACAUGGGAUGAAAAUUAUGGUGGAAAGAACAACAAAGUCAUUCAGCCAUGUAUUGAGAGCCUACGACACAUUGUAACAAACAACAAAGUCAUGUCUAUUGGCAUUGUAACAUCACUUUUUGAGAGUGCCAUGUACAUAUUUGUUUUUUUGUGGACUCCUGUUUUGGACAGAGGGCAUUUGUAUCCCCCUUUGGGAAUUAUCUUUUCAUGUUUCAUGUUGUGUGUUACACUUGGAGGGUUUCUCUUCAAUUUUACCAUCAAGCUAGGCAUAAACCCAGCCAAUGUUGUGAUUUUAACUGUUAUUGUAGCAUCUGGGGCAAAUAUCGGUGCAAUUUUUUCCAGUGCUCAGAAUCCACGUUUAUCAUUUGUUAUGUUUAUCAUCUUGGAACUAGCUUGUGGAGUUUACUUCCCAGCAAUGGGAUGGUUGAGGCAAAGGAUUCUACCUGAGGCACACCAUGCUGGUAUUAUAAACUGGUUCAGAGUACCCCUGAAUGCUAUUGCAGCAAUUGUUUUGAUGGUACUUCACGACACUCAUAGCAUUCAUGGUAUAUCUGCAAUAUUUGCCCUUUGUUCCUUAUUGUUGGCUGUGGCAGGAAUUGCCGCUGUAAGACUCUCCAUCCUGUCAAGAAAUGAUGAAAAUCUGAAACUUGUCCAUGAUAUGGAAGAAGGACUUUGAAGAACUUAUCAGAAAUACCGUAUUUAUUCACUUAUAAGGUGCACCAUUUUUUAUGAGAAAAUAUUCUUUUUUGAUCAAAAUAUGCUCAAAACUUGGGGUGCGUCUUAUAACCGAGUAUUUCCGCAAAACUUUCCAUUUGGAAACUUGGCUUGACUAAGUUGCCAAGUUUGGGGUGCAUCUUAUAACUGAGUGCGUCUCAUAACCGAAUAAAUACAGUUCAUUGCUUUCAGAGAAAGUGAAUUCUUUAUUUCAAGUUCAUGGGGGGGUUGACUGAGCAAACUGUGGGGCUGCUUAAGUCAUGAAGCUCACUUAAGCUAAUCAUGGAAACAUUUCAGUUAAUGAAGUGGCUGAACAGCACUCUGUUAUAAUCUUUACCUAACUUAAUCCUUUAACUCCUGGAAGUUAUGAAAAUGUAUCUUCUCCCGAUAAUAUCCACGCAUGAUCCAGCAAACAGGUAAUAAGAAUACUCAAACUUGUCGGGUAGAAGUUGUUAAUCUUGAUCUACACCAAAUUCUUGUUACUAAUUUACUAGGAAAUAGCUUGAGGGAAUAUUACUAAUCAGAUCUUUCACCUUUUGCUCAAAUGGGCAACUUACCAGCUAUUCUCGAUUACACUUAAGUUAUUCAUCUACCUCUCUAUUUGAUGGCAGAUACAGUAGCACUUGCUGGCCUGAGAUAAUGUAGCGAGCUGAAAGAAGCCAUGACACAACAGAGGAAAUUUGACAGAUUAUGUUCACCCUUAACAUUGAAAACCUGAAAUCCUUUAGAGGAUUGAUAGGAAUGGUAGACUAAGUGAAUUGCGGGAACUUCAAUUGAUGAUAAACACAGGGCUAAAAAAUGCCUCCCCCCUCCCCAACACACGCCAUGCUUUUCCCCUACUUCCAUUAGCUUUAUUAAACAUCACUUUCCUAAGUCCAGCCCCCUUUAAAUUAUAUCAGAUAGACUUACUUGUACCAUUGUCUUGGUAGUUUUAAUAGUCGGAGGAAGUUACCCAUGUGGAAAUUGAAAUGCUUUCAGUGCAAUUGUAUUUAAGUUGAGUGGAUGCUCGGUAUUUAUUUGCACAAGUUUUGGCUGCCCUACUAUAGUGUUAAAGCAAAGGAAGUUUCAGAAGCUAAAGAAUUUUCUACCGAAGGGGUGGUCAACUGUUGCCAUGGCCACCUUUAAAUCAAAUGUGGAAGCUUGACAACCUAAAAAAGUCAUGAUCUCAAUUAUUAAAACCACACUUUAGGCUAAAAUGGCAUUAAUCACUUUCUUUUAUUCUUGUAUAUUAUGUGUUAUAUUAUCCAACUGUAUAUCGCAGAGUACAAAUAAUGGGCAAGACAAGUACAAAUGUGAUGUGAUGCAAAUAUCAUGCGAUAUUUGUACUCCAGAAAUAUCCAUGAAAUUUGCACUGAAAUAACAGUUUAGUGUGUUGGAUAAUAAAUCUCUUACUAGAUGUUUUGUCGUGUAGUAUCACUAAGUAUUUGUACUCUUUGUUUUUUUUUACUUGCCCUAUGGGCUCAUUAAAAUACAGCACAACUCAUAAAAACACUUAACGAUACUACACAACAAAAUGCCUACUAUAAAGAUAUAAUUAUUUAUUUAAGGCAACUUCAUUAACUUGCAAUUUCUUGUCACUAGCAGUGCCAACAUAAUGGAACUAGUGGAUGACAGCGUGCACUGUGUUAGUUAUUCAGUACAUAUAAUUGUUUAGUACCCUUGAGGUAUGACUUAGUGGAAACCAAAGAUAUUAUUGUCUAGCACAGCCCAGAAAUUGUUUUCUUGAAAAUAUAUUUAUAUGACAGCUUAAAACCUAAUAAAAACAUAACAUGUAGAUCGUUAUGGUCACUGGUUCAACCUAUCUUUGGCUAAGACUCAAAAAUGCCUGGUAUCAAAACUUGUCAUGGCAUUGUAAGAGGAUAAUAUUUAGAGUCACCAAUAAAAAAUUGUGACAACAGA